AUGGCGUCGACGCACCGCGUCGUCCUCGGCGGCGCGAACCCCAAGCGCGGCGGCGCGGACGCGCGCGACGCCGCCGCCGCCGCCGCCGCGGCGGCGGCGGCGGCGAUCGUCGCCGCCCCCGCGUUCUCCGCGCGAGAGCUGCGCGUCGUGGACGACAGAGGCGCGUGGUGCGCGGGGGAGCGACUGAGGGCGCACCUGCUCACGGACGCGUCGUCCUUCGUCGUCGUCGGCGUGAUGGGGACGAAGUCGACGGGGAAGAGCGAUCUCGCGGGGACGUUCGUAGGGUUCCCGUCGACCGUCGGCGUAUGCGGCGGCGAGGAGAGCGCCGAGGGAGGGGGCCCGGGGGAGACGCGAGGCGUGCGUGUACGAGGCGUCGGAGGAAAUAAUCAAAACCAAUCGCAAUCGCGCUCGGCGGCGGCUUCGUCGUCGUCGUCGUCGACGACGCCGCCGCCGUCCGUCCUCGGGCAGCCGCCGUUCGAGCGCGACACAACGCGCGCGGUGUCGAUUCGCGUCGCCGAGGACAGGGUCAUAUGCGUCGACACCCCGCCUCUGUUCGCGGGCGAGCGCGCCGGACGGCGGUCGACGUCCGUCGCGGGCGCGGGUGGGAAGACGCCGCCGCCGCCGGCGGCGGCGGCGGAACGCGAGCGACGCGUCGCGUCGCGCCUCGCGCGGUGGCUCCUGCGGACGUGUCACGUCGUCGUCGUGAUGGGCGAGGACGACGACGCGCGCGCCGCGGAGGCGAUGGUCGCGGCGGCGCGCGAGGAGGAGAAGGAGGAGGAGGAAGACGACGUCGGCGGCGCGCGAGAGCGGGCGCGGAUCGUGUUCUGUCAGACGCGCGUCCCCGCGUCGCGCGCGAUGCGCCUCGGGACGCCGACGGCGCCGACGACGCGCGCCGCGAUCGAGUCGUUGUCGACGCGCGAGGAGGAGGACGCGGCGGCGGCGGCGGUGUUCGUGCUCCCCGAGGUGGACGACGGCGACGGAGUCAGCCGACGCCGCCACGACGAGGUCGCGAGAGAGCUUCGGCGGUUCGUCUUCGCGAGCGAGCGACGCGCGUUCGUCGGCGGCGUGAGAGGCGAGCGCGGGAAGGUGUCCGAGCGCGAGUGGCUGGGGAUAGCGCGGCGGGCGUGGGCGGAGUGCGUUGGAGGCGCGGGGUGA